ACACAAACACAUUGGAACGUCUCGAUCUUUCUGAGAACAAGAUGAGCGGCCAAGUUCCUUCUUGGAUUUUUGACACGAGUCAAAAUAUUCGACACGGAGAGAACAAAAUUGAAGGAUUUUUGAAUUGAGUGAUUCUCUUCUAACACUGAAUAUAGGAGAGAACAAAAUUGAGGGAAAUGUUCCGUCGUUGUGGAGAAAUGGAUGCCAACUGCAAAAUGAUUAGUGUCAGCAACAAUCUGUUACAAGGGCAACUACCAAGGGAUGCUUACCAAGCUGAGUGUCCUUAUUUUGCGUUCCAACAAAUUCGAGACCCCGACUACUUCUAUGGCGGUACGGUGGCGAUAUACAAUGAUGGAGAUCAACACAGGGGCGCCGGAGGGAAAUUCAAGAAGCCGCCACCCAGUCCAUGCGCCGGUGAAUUAACCCGGCAAUCGCCGCCAAGAAUCAUCCCCGUCGCGGCCGCAACGGAGAGGCGUUGCCAUGAUGAAGAGAAGGCUGCUUUGCUCCAGUUCAAGCACAGCUUUGCCAGCACCAACCAAUGUUAUGAUGGUUAUUUGCCUAGUUAUGUUCAUCCAAAACCAAAACUGGAAUCAUGGAAAGACGGGGGAGACUGCUGCUCCUGGGAGGGUGUGGAGUGCGAUGACAGAACUGAUCAUGUCAUCGGCUUAGACCUCAGUGGGAGCUGCCUCUUCGGUUCCAUAAACUCCAGUAGCAAUGCACUCUUUACCCUCACUCACCUUCAGAGGCUGGACCUCUCCAACAAUGACUUCAACUAUUCUCAGAUACCCUCUGCAGUCGGAAACCUCUCCCGUCUCACUCAUCUCAACUUGAAGCACUCGUACCUUACAGGCCGAAUCCCGCAACAGCAGCUCUCCAAUAUAACCACUUUGGUUUCCCUCGAUCUGUCCUUUAAUUAUGUCAGGGGUGAUGUCUCUGCACACGGAUUGGAAGUUCAUAGUCUAGAAGGACUGGUACAACGCAUGAUCAACUUGAAGGAGCUCCAUCUAUCAGACGUGAGAAUUUCUUCUUCACGUGUACCUCAACUCCUCUCCAAUUUCUCAUCUUUAGAGUCUCUGCUUCUUCUUAACUGUGAACUCAGGGGUGAAUUCCCCGUUGCCAUUUUCCAUCUCCCAAAACUCCAGAUGCUCGAUCUAAGUGACAAUCAUGAUCUCAGAGGCUAUUUGCCCGACUUCCCUUCAGGGAGCCCUCUUAAAUCGUUACAACUCUUUUAUACAAGUUUUGGGGGAGUGGUGCCUCCCUCCAUUGGAAAUCUUGCCUCUUUGGAAGAUAUAGACAUCUCUUAUUGCAAUUUUACAGGGAAUCUUCCAAUGUCACUUGGUAAUCUUACCCAACUUGUUUCUUUUAAUUUUUGGGGUACUAAUCACUACAAACAUGAAAGAUGGUUCGACCCUGAUAGUAACCACUUCAGCCCAGAUAGUCUUACUACUACUUCAUUAUCUUGGAUUCGUAAGCUCACCAAGCUCACUUCUUUGAACCUUGCACACUUGGACUUGACAGAAACAGUUACUCAGUUGAGCGUCCUUAUCUUGGGAUCUAAUAGGUUGCAUGGUGUGAUCAGUGAUGGUUUUGGAUUCCCAAACCUUCGAGUCAUCAAUUUAUCCAACAACAGGUUUAGUGGGAAAAUGCCAUCAAAGUUCAUUGAGACCUCGAACCCCAUGAGAGCGUUAAAUGCAAGUCACAUGAUGGGAUACAUGGAGCAAGACUUGCUACCGAUUUCUUAUUGGAUUGAUGAAGACUUCGGUCAAUUUGAUUACGCAAUGACCAUAAACAACAAGGGCUUGGAAAGGAGCUAUAUGAAGAUUCCAGAUACUCUUUGUGGAAUAGAUUUCUCUUCCAACAAUUUUGAAGGACAGAUUCCAGAUGCAUUUGGAGAUCUCGCAGGGCUUCAGAUGCUAAAUCUUUCUAGAAACAAUCUCAGCGGUCACAUUCCAUCUUCUUUCUCCAACAUGAAGAAUGUAGAAUCUUUGGAUCUCUCCCGAAACCAACUCUCAGGACACAUUCCUAUGGAUCCUACAAAACUCACAUAUCUUUCAGCAUUUGACGUGUCGUAUAACAAUCUCUCUGGCCCUAUACCCCAAGGAAACCAGUUCUGUACCUUUGAGAUCAAAUCAUUUGAAGGGAAUGUAGGAUUGUUUUUUGAACCUUGGAAUAAACUGUGUGGAAACGCGAGGUCUUCGCUCCAAGUGCAGCAGCCUCCAUCCCCUACAGAAGAAGAAGAAGAAGAUGACUCGGAAUCAGACUUAAAAAUAGAGUGGAUGAUAAUAUUGAUUGGGUUCGCAAGUGGUUUGGUUGUUGGAGUGAUCCUUGGGAACGAGUUGAUUGCAAGAAAACAGUAUUGGUUCGUCAAGACUUUGGCAAGGAUGGGGAUAUGGCAGGCCUGAGAUCAGGGGAAGCAUUCUCAGUCGAUCCGUAGUACAGUGUUUUGGUUUUGGAAGCGAAAAAAAUGGUUGUGGAUGU